AUGUGUUGCACUUUGCAAAUGUUAAAGGAAACUUUGCUUAGGUUUAAUAAAAGAAUGGAGGAGAUUUUAAUAAUAUACACAAAGUAAUUAUUUAUUGAGUAAAGAAAGUCUGAAAAAUUCAAACUUCAUACUAAUCUCAAUUCAAAAAAGUAAAGUAUCGGUUUUUAAAUAUUUUCUAAUGAGAAAAUUUGGAAGAUUUUUUUAGUCAGUCAAUAAAGGGAGAUAUGA